AAAUGGUAAAACUCAACUGUUUAUCUCUAGGGGAGUUGGAAAAUGAGCCUAUUUUCAAAAAAAGUGGAGUGUUCCUUUAAGCUUUUUCACAUUUUCAUGUUAAGGGUUUAGAACGUCCCAGUGGCUAUAUCAUUUUCAACUGAUUAACAUUAUUAAAACUGGUAAAACCUUUAGGAACUUCAAAAGAUAAAAUGGCGAAACUCCUAAUAUUAUUUCCAAUAAUUCCAAAUUAUGUUCAUUUUCCCAAAUUAAUUGUCACAUAGGUUGCAAAAGUGCAUUCUGCAACAGUAAGGUGGAGAUCCAUGUUGCAUUUGUUGAAAUUCAUCACUGAAGGUUUGAUCAUGGCAGAUUUAGUCACACAAAUAGUACAAGUGGCUUGUGAAGAAACAAAGACUGGCUGUAUGACACUUUCAUUGAAGCAGAAUUUCGCUGAGGAGAUCGCUAAACUCCAGCGCACAUCAGAUCAUCAGCACUUCUUCCUCAUUUAGAGGGAGCGUGUGCACAGAUUAAGUAAAACACACAGAAGAAAGUAUAUCCUUUUAAGGGAAAAGCUCUAUUUUGGGGAUUUUGCAUCUGGCAACCACAAGCAUGACUGCUAUGACAUUGGAGGCUUGUUACCAAUGCAAGAUAACGUAAAUCCCAAAGAAAAAAACAUGUUUUAAGGAUAAAUAAUGAGCGGCCCAAUAUCGUGACAAUUAUUUGUAAUCAAUUGAGAGAAGCAGAUAUCGAUAUCGUGAUUAAAAUACGAUUAAUCGUGCAGCCCUAGUUCCACAUAUAUUGUAUGUGGGCAAAUAUAACAUUGAUUAACUCAGCUCCUCCCAUAUCUCUGCGGGAUUAUGAUGAAACACUAUUAGCUGCAAUGAUAGAAAACUGCUCUUAUUUCAGUUAAGGGUACAAACCUUUUUUGUUGCUUUUUGUUUAUAUGAUUUUGUAUACUGUUUAUUUCUUACUGUUUGUAAUGUGGAUUUGUGUCAGCAUAUUUGUUUAUGUACAGUAUGUCAUUUUAAAAAUUCCCACUGGUGUAAAAGGCCCAAACACAAAAUAGCAACAAACCACUAUAUGAUCAUGAACCACCAUUGCCCCCCUUGGAGCGUUUUACUCCCAGUAUGGGCCAAAAGGUACCUCUAGCUAUAGGUUUUUCAAUAUUUAUACAACAGACCAGGGAAAAAGACAUAUUGUAGAGCUGCACGAUUCUGGAUAAAUUGAAAAUCAAUUUAAAAAAAAUAAAAAAAUAACGUAGUUAUUGCAGUUUUAAAAGGUAAUUUACUCUAUUUUGUUUUAUACUGUAGACAUCAGUGCUUAUAUCCGAACUAUAAACUUCUUAUUUAUUCUUUUUUAAUUAUUAUACAGAAAUAACGAUACUGUGUGGUUGAAAAGACUGUUUGUGAAGCUGUUUCAUACAGGCCAACUGCUUUCCCUGUGUCAGCAGCAGUGCCAUCGCAGAUCUGAAUGUGAUAUUGCUCUUCUGAUUAGGGCCCAAGCUGAAGGCGAAGGAAAAAAUCUAGACAUGUACCUUACUAUUACCUGAGACUGAUAUUAAAAUCGUCUUUGCAGGUUCUGUGAUUUAGCUCUAUUAAUACAUUUUAUAAUUUUAUUUUUUCAUUGUAUACCACACAUAUUGAAAUUAAAUGAAAGCAUAUUUUUGGUGCAUAAGAUUGGUGCACAAACGAUAGCUUAGGGAGGUAAAAAAACACAUGAAGAGAAGUGUUUGGAUAAUACAACACCAGCAAUCACAGACAUGCGCAUUAGAUUGGAUUAGACUUCUAAGAGCACUGUUGAAUUUGCGCAAAUAACAGUAUGUAAUUUACUCUGGAAUUUUUAUAGAGGUUGUCUGAGAAAAACACAUGGCAGAUUAGGAUGAUAUUCUACAAUCAUUUGAAAUUGACCUAUGACAUUCUAUGACAUGAAAUUCAACUAAAUUUAAACAGUCUCGUGGAUGUGGCUGUUGUGGUUUGUGAUCAUAUGGGCACCAGUUGCUGCAGUAAAUGUGGUCUGAAUUUGACAUAGACCUUUUAUGUUUAAUCGUUUUAAAUGCCCAUUGUCCGCCGUACACAGUUGCACUGAAGCCACCGUGGUGGCGGUGCCACUGGGCUUGGGCCCAUCAUCACUGCUUGCAGCUAUAUUUCCAAUUGUUUUUCAAAGUAUCUUCUUUUGUGUUCUGCAAAAAAAAAAGAACAUUCACAAACAAGGAUACAGUAUGUUUACAUACGGAGUAAAUGAUCUUGUGUGAAAUUCUGUUAAACUCUGCAUGAUUACUUAAAGUGCCCCUAUUAUGGCAUUUGAAAGUUUCCUAUUUUUGUUUUGGGAGUCCCCAGCAACAGGUUUACAAGCAUGCAAGGUCAAAAAACUUUCACAUUUUUAUGGUCUUAUACUAUGCAUUUAUUUUUACCUUAUUUGCUCAAGGACUCCCAAAUGAUUUGCUCAACGAUUCAUUUUUCCAGACCCCUCGUUUGCUUGAUGCUAAUCUGCGGUGAUUAGUCAGAUGACCCAGUCAGUUGUAUACAGUGCUUGCAAAACUUACAUUGUAUUAUAAUAAUGAUGGUGCUCCGCUCUGUUCUAAAAAAUAAAGACUCAGAGAGGAAAUAAGUUGUUUUGUGUUUAUGUUAGUGAACCUAGCCCACAGCUCGGUGGCAAACACCCAAACAGUCAUGGUAUAUGCGUUAGCCCAAAGCAGAAACGUAUUGAUUCAGGGGAGGAACAAGCUGGUCCAAAUAAACUGGGUACUGACCCAUCCUUCAGUAACAACCGGCUUGCGAAUCACUUGUUGAACGCAUUUAGGUUGAAGAAGCAGUCGUCAGUAAAAUGACGGAAACGCAGCAGGUUCAGGCUAUAUUGCUGUGGUAUCAUUGUAAAGAUGAAAUUUAACCACUGAUUCUUCACAUAUUGGCAGUGUUUGAGGGGUUUCACAUUUUCCUUUGUGUCCUUGUGCACAAUAAGUGGGCAGGCAAUAUGCACAACGAAAUGGCUUGGGAUUCGUUUUCACAAAGACCACUCUUACUUUUGAGAGACAAUAACUUUAUAUAAGGUACACUUUCAGAUUUAAAACUUUGCAGGAUGUUUUCAUUCACUUGAAAGCUAUGUUACACACUACAUGAAAGGUAAUUUGCAAAAAUCCAUAAUAGGGGCACUUUAAUAUAGACAUGUAUAGAGAUGUAUACAUAGGAGAAUCUCAUGAGACCUCUUAAGAGCAUGUCCAGUAUGGUUAAUUUUCUUACAUGUUCAUACUUUAUUUAUUUAAAUUUGAGUUGAAAUAUGACCUAAUUAUGUGCAUCUGUUGCCGCUCACUCUGUCCUUCAGACACACAUAUGUACACAUCCAUUGUUUAGAGCAGAAAUAUUUGGGGUGGAACAUGGCAGGUACUUCCUGAGACAGAGUCCUCAGCUUACUAUCUAAAGCACCACCAGAGAGCUGAUAAAUGGGCUAAGAAAAGAGAAAGGAUACAUCAUACUGGACAUUUAUUAAUAGCAAGUCAUAUCGCUCAUUGACAUGUCCACACAGAAUGUGUGCCCAUAUGCAGAAUUCCACAGAAUUCAAACCUCUGUCAUUUACAACAUCCUGCAAAUCCGUACAUUUUUAUAAAAUUUGGGCUAAUUUAAUAAUGCUUUUUCAACUACCAAUAAAAGUAUGGCAGAGUUCUGCAGAUUCUGUUUGGACAUUGUGCUGCGUUUAGUUAUAGGACCUAGUCGUACUCGUUUCAGUGACGUACCUAGUCGGACUCGUUUCAGUUACGGACCUGUUAGAGCAACAACGCAGAAAUCAUUCACGAGUCUGCUUCAUUACACAGCUUGGUCAAAUAUGUUUCUUUAUGUCUCGGGGCAGCUCAUUCCAGCUCAUGCAGACUUUAAGGAAAUCUCCAUCUGUUUUCCGCCGCUGUUUCCGGCAGGACCGCACCCAGACCCUCUCACAUGGUGACCCGCUUUUCAAAGUGCACUACCUUGGUACAGAAAAGAUCUAUUCCCUGGAUGUAGAGCAAGCUGAGGAGGCCAUAGGUCGUUUACUUGAGAAAUCGCCAGACAUGGCCACCCUAGGCAAACUUGGCAAGGAGCACGCUCUCGUUGUCCGACCUCGCUACAUAGAGGUGAAGGAGAUCAGCACGGGCAGACAGCUCACUAAGACCUAUCUAAAAGACAUUGCAUAUUGUGCAGCUGAUGCAAGUAGGCCCAAUCUUUUCCUCUAUAUCUUUAAGCAGCGAGGCCAGCAGCUGCAGUGCAGAAUGUUCUGGUGUAACAGACCUGACCGGGCAAAAGAUAUGACCGCAUGCUUAGCUAGAUCUUUUCAGAAGGCUCUGAACGAAUUGCAAGAGGAGACCAGUCACACUAAAGGAGAAGAUCGUGAGAAGGAUGGAAAGCCAAUUGCAGCAAUGGGACAUAGCAAGAACUCCACACUAACAGCAGACUUGAGAAAAGGGCAGUGGCAGAGGAUUUGAUGAGGAGAGCCAGUAUCAGUGACUGACAUAUGAGACCGUGUUAUAUGGGAGUAUUACAAGUUAUUAAAUGCAGUCAGGAGGUUUCUUGUACCUAAAAUCAGUUGCAUUAGGAAAGUGGCAAACAUUGCAACAUGAGCUUUCAAAUAAAGCCAGCUUUACUCUUGUUGCCCAAUAGACCAUGCAGUUUCUAGUUAAAAUAUAUUUGCUGAAAAUAUUUUUGUACUAGGUCUUCUAGCACAGUGUUUCUCAACCCUGUACUGGAGGACCUAAAGUCUCCUCUGUCUGACACACUCAUUUCAGGUAGUGGAGUUUCUUCUAAUUAGCUAAUGAGUUGAAUCAGGUGUGUUUAAUUGGGGAGAAAGACAAAACCUGCAGUGUUGGGGGUCCUCCAGGAUCUAGCACACAGAAAAUUUUUACACAUUUAAAAAAAAAAAAAAGAAUUAUUCACCUUUAUGCUUGUAAUUGACUACUUUUCUUAAAAUUAAACCAGGUUCACUGGGGUCUGUAUAAGCAUUGUACUUAUAAGAGCCACCUUGAAUAAUAGUAGAGCCACCUUGAAUAAUAAUUAGGGGCCAAGCACCAAAGGUGCGUAGGCACCUAUUGUAUACGUUGAUGUUCUUAUUAUUAUUGUUCCGUUUCUUCCGCUCUGGAAGUCUAUGGCAGCUCAUAGAACCGCUUGCAGGAAAGUUGUGAAAUUUGGCUAACUGACCGAAGACAGUCUGAAAUGCGUCCAUAGCAAAUUUGGAGUCUCUAACUCAAUCCCUCUAGCACCACCACCUGUUCAAAGUUUCACUUACAUUUGUGCUAAUAACUUUUGAACUGUAAUGGCUAGAAACAAAAUUCUUUUCUCCUCUGAUUCCUUGGCUCAUGCCGAUUGCCGGUUGCACCCUGUAAAUUAAUUUUGCAUCAUGAUAAUUUGUCUGUCAUGUUGAAUUUUGCAAAAAACCAACUUUAUCGAACUUGUCCUAGCUGCUUCAUUCGAUUUUCAUGAAAAUCAAAUCAGAUCAUCUUCAGACCAUGCUGCCAAAGUUAUUAAAAGCUUUUUGAUCAACCCAACCGUUCUUGAAUAACAAGCAAAUUAAUUUAACGUAGAUCACCCCAAAUUGGACUCAAGGCUAUAUCUCCACAAUGCUUUUUCAUAUUCAGACCAAACUUGGUACAUGUCAUCCCAAGCAUGACCAGAGGCUACAUGCUGCGUUUCGGCACCAUGCCUCCUACUGGUCAGGAGAUAAGAAAAAUGGCUGUUUUUGCUCAUAACUUCUGAAGGGUUUGUCCAAAAAUCAUGAAAGUGGUCUCGGCAGAUUCGGGGCAUCAUGCUGAGCUGAAUAAUAUCAAAUUUUUCCAUAUCGGCCAUUUUGGGCAUCAGCCAUUUUGAAUUUGGUCAUAAAAUGCUCUAUUUUAUGAAUGCAUUAGCAUAUCUUCACAAAACUAUGUAUAGCCUAUGGGUCACCAGAACAAUGCCCUGAAGGAGCCUGAGAAGUUUCAAGCCAGCGCCAUCUAGUGGUAAUAUCAAAUAUUCAGACGCUUAUAACUUUGGGUGUGGUUGUCUUAAGCCCUAUUCGGAUGGGAUUAGUUUUACAUGGGGAGGUGGGGAUAAAGUAAUUAUUACCAGAGCUUCUCAGUGAUCUUAGUCCCGCCCGAAUGUGCCAAAUCAGUAAUCAUUACGGACAAUGUCAGUAAAGAUUACGGCGACUUUUACCUUCUGUAAAAAGGUCCGGAAAAAUUACCUCAGGUAAUACUAAUCCCGUUCGAAUAGACCCGCUGUAAAUAUUUACGGUAAAAUUCCGUCAUUUCCUGUUUAAAAGUAGUUUUCUGCGCAUUUUUCAAGAAUGGAAGCACUUGAAGAAACAUUCAUUUGUGUUCUAGGUGGUGGGACAAGUCUGUGGCAAUCCUCAAGUAUUUUCCAUACCAUUCGGAGCAAAAAGAAGAUCGAAGCAAUUGUCAGAGGCACAAAACUAAUGUGCAUAUUACAUCAUAAUACAAUCAGAAUUUAAUUAAUAAGUCGUUUGACCGGACCUAACUGUUAUAUAUAGUUUAUAUAUUUAGAUGUGUUUGCGCACAUGGUAUCAGCGUAUUCCCACAUGACGCACAUAUAUAUAUAAUUUCCAAAUGUCCACUAAUAACUUUAGUAUUUAUUGCAAAUAAAUUCAUACCACUAUUCUAAGUCAUUUUGUUGAAAUACUAUUGGGUAAAUUGGCAGUGGCAGGAUCACACAGGCCAAAACAGAAACAGACAUUCCUACGUGGAACGCACAUUUCAUUUUCAAAGUAGAAUAACUGACUGCGGCAUUGAUUUUGUAUUUGAACUUUGUCCUAAAUUUCUGCAAACAUAUUAUGGUACUUUAAGGUACUUAAUGGUACCUUUAGUACGAUCAAAAAAUGACAUACAGCAUCUUUGAAGAUGGUUAAAACAAAGAUGAUUUCCAUCAACAUCCAUUAGUUGUUGCCAAGAUAGGUUUCAGUUAGCUUCUAGGGUUUAAUGAAGGGUAGUUGUUGGAACUGUUUGCACUGCUGGUAUCCCAUCUGACUCUCAGUGACAUAUUACUGACAAUUGUUAUUCUAUUGGACAUUCAAGGUAAAAUGCUUAGCACUAACCUGUUACUAACUGAUUUAAACUUUUUUUUUUUUAUUUGUCAUUUAUUUAACCAGGAAAAUGAGAUUAAGAAUCUCUUUUAGACUUCUGGCCAAGACAAGCAGCCACAGAUGUUCACACAAUGUUGCUUAACAAAACAUCAACACAAAUACAAAUAUACUUAACAUUUGCAGAUCAAUUUUUCCUUUACCAACUCACAAAUAAGAGAUUUGACACUAGAUUUGCAUCUUCAAAUCAUUUUGUAAAGUAUUCCAAUCACCAGGUGGAACACAUCGAAAAAUUUCUUUCUAAAAGAACAAGUAAAAAUGCUUGAGUCUAUGUGUCAAUAAUGAAGAUACAGCUCACAAUUAUGAGUUUUUAAAAUUACAAUUUGUUAUAACCUGAGUUCACCAUGAUAAGGAAUAUCUGAAAUAUAAAAGAUAGGUGGGUGCUGUAUAGUAUCUGAGAUCAAUCUUUGAUCUCAGUUUGUUCCAGAGCAAAUAGUUUUGGCUAAGGGCAAACUAUAACUAUAUUUUUUAUAUAACUUUAAUGCUGUAUCAGAGCGCUGCCUAUGUACUUUUGACGAAAUUGUUGAGCAACUUUUAUGAUGGCUAUCGUUGUUUAUUAAAUAUUAUUGUUCAAUAAAUAAUAUUUUAUAUAAAUAAUAAUAAUUGUGCCUGCUGCUCUAUAGAAACCACAAUUCAUUUUAUGAGUAGGUAUGUACAUUCCCUUAUUGUUAGGGCCCAGGUCACCCUGUUGAGGGUUAUUCUGAGAUUAACCAGCUGACUUUUUACAAGUAUUUACCACAGAAAGGACGCGAAAUAUCGAUUUAAAUUGAUUUAUUAUUAUUAUUAUUAAGUCAAGUCAUCUUCAUUUAUAUAACGCUUUUCACAAUACAUAUUGUUUCAAAGCGGCUUUACAGUGACCAGUGUUGGGCAGUAACACAUUACUGUAAAGCAGUUACUUUUGACAGUAACUGUAACGCAUUACUUUUUAAAUAAAUUAACUCCGUUACCGUUACCAUAUGGUGCGUUGUACGUUACUUUUUUAAAUGAAUUAAUUUUGGCUGAAGUGUAGCCUACAGCCUAACCUGGGGCUGGUUGCAUAAAUCUAUUUAAGACUAGUCUUACAAGUUAGUCGUCUAUUUUUUUUUCUUUAAGACUGGUAUUUACUUUUUAAGUCGGUUGCAUAAAAUUUUAGAUUGGUCUAAUUUGAGACAAAAAAGUAAGACUGGUUCCCCCUUGGCUAACUUUCUCUUACAAUCUAUGUUGCCAUAGAAACAAACUGUCAAAAGAAAAAUAUGCUCUAGAUUCACAAAAGUGGCCCAACUUUGUCUUGCGAUAUGGCAAAUUUUAAUCUUUGGUUUUAUGAAAGGGCAAUAAGAAGAGAAAGAGUUUUCAAAGACCGUUCAAACCCAUUGGAAGUACUUUGUGAAAAGGAACUGCUGGAGAAGCUAAGAUUUCCAAGACAUACAAUACAAGAACUAGCAAUUGACUUGGCAGAGCAUCUGAGGCCUGAAACUUCAAGAAAUUUUAGCAUCCCUCCACUGCUACAAGUAUGUCUAGCUCUACGUUUAUUUGCCACAGGAUGUUUUAUAAAUGCAGCUGCAGACUUAAUUGGGGUACAUAAGUCUACAGCAUCAAGAAUUAUUCAUCGGGUUGCUCAUGCACUGUCAGGCAGACUUCCACUUUAUCCAACUGAUGUCUCUACCUUGAACAAGGUGAAGGCAGAUUUUUUCAACAUUGCUGGAUUUCCAAAUGUUGUAGGAGCCAUUGAUGGAACACACAUUAGGAUUCAAGCACCUUCAACUCAUGAGCCAUUGUUUGUUAAUAGGAAAGGCUACCACAGUAUUAAUGUGCAGGCAAUUUGUGAUGCCAAACUGAGAGUGCUCAACUGUGUCGCUCGUUGGCCAGGAUCAACCCAUGACUCAAGAAUUUUAGUGAAUUCCCAAAUUCAUGAUGCAUUUGAGAGAGGAGAAUUGCAGGGUGUGCUCUUGGGUGACUCUGGUUAUCCACUAAAACCCUGGCUUCUAACACCCUUCUUGAACCCAGUCAGUGUGCCUCAAACUCGGUACAACACAGCCCAUGCCAAAACAAGAAAUGUUAUUGAAAGGUGUUUUGGAGUCCUGAAACGAAGAUUUCAUUGUCUGCAUGCAGAGCUCAAAAUGAAACCAGAAAGAGUCUGCAACAUUAUCUGUGCAUGUGUUGUUUUGCACAACAUAGCAAGAAAUCUUGCACUCCCAGACAUGGAGGAUGACCAAAUUUUUGAAGAACCCACUUUGGAGAUCGCAGAGGCAGGAGAUGAAGAUGGAACUGGGCGUUACAUUCGACAAAUGAUUGCAGAAAACAUUUUCUCAGUUUGA